GGAGUAAACAGGAGCUCUGAAGUUAUUUUCCCUCUUCCGUUCAGUCUGUGAGGAGGAUGGAGCUGGAAAUCUAAAUAGGGCAGCUGGAGCCUGCAAAUUUCCAGCCAAGCUCCAAGCCUGACUUUCUUUACCCGCUUCACCCCUUCAUCGAAUCCCCCCGAUCUCUCUCCUGAACUUGCAGAUUCCUCGACCCUCUGACCAUGAACCUCUGGGCUGUGCUUUGCUUGACUCUGCUCGUGGUAGAGCUCCAAAAUGGUUCCUGCCAGCAGGUCAAGCGAAGAAAAGACAUCGGAGAGAACCGCAUCCGGCCAGGUGGGAAACGGGUAAAGGUGUGGCCUACGCUGAAAGACGGACGAGGCAGAGGCCAUUCCCUCCUGACGCAGGUGUUGGAUAAAGGCCGCUUCCUCCGCCUGGGCCAGAGCACCAUUUUGACUCCUGGGACAAACAUGGAGCUGCGCUGCAAAGGCAGCAAAAUCGGAUGGUCUUACCCGACUUACCUGGAUACUUUCAAUAACUCACGCCUCAGCAUCAAGCAAAGCGACAAGUACAGUCAACUGAUCCUGACGUCGCCCUCUGCUGCUGACACGGGGGCCUACAGCUGCUGGGUGAUAGUAUGUGAUGGCACAGAGUGUGAGAAGGACCACGAUCGCGCCUACGUCUCAUACAUCUAUUUCAAAGACAAAGACAACCUCUUCGUUCCAUCCACCAUGCACUUUGAGAUUGUGUAUCUGCGCCCAGACCAGCCUGCCGUGGUGCCCUGCCGUGUGACCGAGCCACAGGCCAAGACGUCCCUGCACAGAGAGGUCCCCCCAGUGGAAAUCACAGCAAAUAUGACCCAGAUGGCAUAUGAUCCCACCAAGGGCUUCAUCCUGCAAAACCCGAGGCCAGAGCACCAGGGAGUCUUCUACUGCAAGGCUGAGACAAUGGACACCCCUCAGAUCUCCACAAAGUACCAGCUGCUUUAUGUGGAGGUUCCCAGUGGGCCACCGUUUGUGAGCCUUGAAGCCUCUCCAGACUCUGUGAGAGGAGGCGACAACGUCAAUGUAACCUGCACAGUGCUGGGAGAGCCAGACGUAGACGUGAGCUUCACUUGGACUUAUCCUGGUCAGGGCUCCCGCCCCGUUCACAUCCAGACUUCCUGGAGGCUGGUUAACAGAGGUAUGGGCUACACCACGCGCGUCACCCAGAGCAUCCUGACGGUAGAGGACAUGGAAACCAUUGACUUUGGAGAAUACAUGUGUAAAGCCAAGAGCCAGCAUGGCGAGACAAUCGUGGCGACCACCAUCAUCUCCAAAUAGCCCCAAACAACCCCACCUGCUGGCUCCAUCUGAUAUUUAAGAUUUGACACAUUGGUGUGUCUUUUUUAUCUACGAAACACAUGAAAUCAGCAUGUAUAUAAAUAAAAAUACAUUUUUGCCAAGUUGAAAA